AUGGUUGGCCGCAAGACAGGGGGUGACCCUCUCAAAAGCUAUAUUCUCGAGCUGGAAGCUCGCGCCAAUGCAGACAAGCCGGUGAUGGGGCGGAGAGGCGCGGAAGUCCAUCACCAGGAAUCUAUAGACGAUGAAAGGGUCGCGAUACCUGGACAAGCCGAAACGCCAGGGGCUUGCUCUUCAAGUUCAGGGUGGGAUGCUGACGAUAUCGAUGACAAUCCGAUCACGGAAGAAACAACUCAGCUGGUGAACAGUCCUGGUGGCGAACGACAAUACCUGGGCGUCUCGUCAUCCUUGAGCCUUGGAUUACGAUUUCGCGACUUCAUCGACACGCUUCGAAACAGCCUGGAUCAGGGUGUCGAGCCUGAUGCCUCGAGUCACAGACUCAUGGCCCUUCCCGCGGCUCAACAUAAGCUACAGAGGUCCAGCCCAGACACAGUCGUGCUGCCUCCCUUCGCACAGGCAAAACGUCUCUUUGCUGCUCAAUAUGCCUAUUUCGGAACCACGUUUUUCUUGUGCGAUCAGGCCAAGUUUGAGAAAAGCUUGAACAAGACGUACCAUGGGGAACUUGACUUGAUGUGCCAAAAGGACUGUCUGGAUUAUUGCCAGGUCUUGAUCAUUCUCGCAUUCGGCCAGUUGUACUCUAUCAAUCAAUGGACCAGUAACGAUGGUCCUCCCGGAUUCGAAUAUUUCCAGCGGGCUAUCACCUUGCUUCCUGACUUGCAUGCACAAGGAUCCACGACUUUUGUCGAAGUCCUUGCUUUGGCAGCAUGGUUCUUCCAGAAUCUCAAUCGUCGCGAUGCUGCCUUCCUCUACAUUGGCCUGGCAUUACGCAUGGCGAUUACACUAGGUCUGCAUCAAGAAGUCAAAGAUCCCAACUGUGAUCCUGCCGCCCGGGAAUACAGGCGCAGACUGUGGUGGUCUGUCUACAGCAUGGACAGAAUUCUCUGUAUCAAACUCGGCAAUCCACCCAUGGUUGAAGACGAGGACAUAGGCGUGUUUUUGCCUUCGUGUCUGGGGGAUGAACCAGAGACGUGCUCGGCCGUCGCGUUACGACACUACACCCAGCUGUCUACGAUUCUCGGCAAAAUAGCGAAAACAUUGUAUCGACGAGUCCACACGCCACAGCAUCAUAAUCUCGUGCGCACGAUGCGGUCGAUUCUGGCCGAUCUCUCGAAAUGGGACAACAAUCUGCCGGCACACUUGCGUUUCGACCUUUCGAAGACCGAUCAUCAUCAGCCCAUCUCUCGCGAGGCCGUGUCAAUCUAUCUCCACUAUUCGCAGUGUAUCAACAUGGCGGCACGACCGCUCGUGUUCCACGUCGUACGGACCCGGCUUCAGAGCCAGGAGACCGUCGACAGUAACACGGACUGGAAAGCCGGCUUGUCUCCGUCGACAGUCACCAUAGUUACCGCGUGUAUUGCCGCCGCCCGCAACACCGUCACUGUCAUGACUCGUGCCGCAAAGCAGAACUUGAUAGCCACCUACGGGUACCAAGACACUGAGCACGCUUUCUCCGCGGCUCUGAUCCUCGUAAUGAUCAAUAUCGCUCUCCCCUACCAAGAGUACGACCGCAAAUUCAUGUGGAUGGCGCUCGAAGUUUUGGAGGGCAUGGCCGACAAAGGGUCCGACCAUGUAGCGUACUUGCACAGUCUACUCAUGAGCCUCUGUACGGCCAUGAGACUGGGGCCUGAGCAGAAGGAGACAUGUAUAGACGAUACUGCUCCUCCCCGAGCCCACAUGCAGCCGCCUCGCCCCUUGAGCGAAGUUUCUGCCGCCCUGCCGCACUUCGAUUCGGGGUCGGACCUCGGCGAUCUACAGGCCGUGGAUGAUUUGAUGAAGGGCUGCGAAAACAUCACGGUGGAUCCGAAUUUCUGGUGGGAAGGCUACGGUAUGCUGGACAUUAACAAGAUCUAA